AUGGACAAAAGUGAGCUCCUUAGCAGGGUGGAGAGGAUCGUGACUCUGACCACCGUGUGUCGCGCGAAGGAGGACCACGAAAUCUUCGACCUCGUAUCCAGCCUCGAAGCCGCCGAAGGCAAGGGCACGACGUUCUACUCUUGGCUCGACGUCUCGCCCACCGCGACCACCCCCGAAAUCGCGCGCGCGUACCGCAAAAAGAGCAUCCAGCUGCACCCCGAUAAAAACCCAGGCGUCAAGGGCAUCCACGACCGCUUCGCGCGACUCGGCGUCGUCUCGACUAUCUUGAGAAACGAGGAGGGACGCAAACGAUAUGACUUCUUCUAUAAAAACGGCGUCCCACGUUGGCGCGGCACUGGGUAUUACUAUUCGCGCUUCCGCCCAGGUCUUGGAACGGUGUUCGUCUUCCUCGUCACGGUGACCUCGGCGUUUCACUAUAUCGCUCUGCGCCUCAACUACGCGCGCGACGUGGCCCGUGUCGAAUUUAUCAUUCGCGAGGCAAAGACGGCUGCAUGGGGUCAGAAGUUGUCUCCUAUCGAAGGACGCAGAAAGGUAAAAGUCAACCUGGGCGGCGGAGCCCGCUACGAUGACGAGGGCAAUGUCAUUCCGGGCAGAAUGAUCGAUAUGGUCGUCGAAGGCAAUGGCGAUGUAUUUAUGUAUGAGUCGGACGGCAGUCUUCACCCGGUCGGCGCACACAUGGCCACGCCAGCGUCCGUCCGAUCGACAUGGUUCAUCGCGCUGAUGACCUCGCAAUUCGCCAAAGUCUACGGUCGCGUCACCGGCCAGAAUACCGCGCAUGUGCAAGAUGAAGACGCAGAGACGGAAGACGGCGUGUCGGCGACGGGAACAGACUCGGAUUUGCCUGAGCUGGAGUAUCCGGAGCAAGCGAACGGAAAGGGAAAGGGAAGUAGCAGUGCAGCCGUUGCGGCGAGCGGGAAGGAGGCGGCGGUGAAGGCAGGGGGUAAGAGGCGCAAGGCGGUGAAGCGGCGGUGA